UCUAUGUAGCAGGCCCUUCAUAUCAUGGUAACGAACGCUGUUUGAGCAUUUGGACAUCAUCGAUACCUUCUAACCACGCUGAGCAGUGCACAAUGAAUCUCCUCUCCAUUCUCUACGCUUGUAUCUUCUUUAUUGGCAGCUCAGUGGCCCAAGUCAACCUUCUGGACCAACUUCCGGCAUGCGCGGUAUGAUGUUCAACAGUUCCGGGUUGGUCAAUUCACUGAACUUCAAUUUUUAGGUUCAAUGUUUCGAACAAACUGCCCCGUUAUCACUAUGUGCUCCGAGCAACAUUUCUUGCUUGUGUGAGGAUAAACAGUUUAUGGAAGCCGCUGCGGGCUGUCAAGCUCAGGGUUGUACUGUCAAAGAGACGCUGACAUCCACCAGAGCCACAAUGGCUGCGUGUGGUGUUAAGCCGAGAGAUCAAUCCGAUAUCGUCAUCGCAAUUCCGGCGUCAUUUGGUAGCGUGGCAAUCCUAAUGAUUCUCGUCCGACUUGUCGACCGCCUUUGGGUUCGCAAGAUAUCACUGGGGUGGGACGAUCAUCUUGUUGUGAUAGCCAUGAUUCUCGCGUUGCCUUUGAAUGGACUCUGCUUUCCCAUGGCCCGUGGUCUGGGUAAAGAAUUAUGGGCGAUAGAAUUUGGUACGCUCCGCAAGACGUUUCAGUACCUCCUCUUCGCCGAGAUAUUCUAUGUGUCUUCCGAGAUGUUCGUUCAGUUAUCCUUUUUGGCCUUCUACCUUCGCGUUUUCAAGAUCCCGGUGUACCGGAAAGUGACCUACGGGCUAAUGGUGCUGGUGAUAUGUUUCGGUGUCACCAAUACCUUUGCUAUGAUAUUUCAGUGCACUCCGAUCUCGUUCUUUUGGGAAAGCUGGGCAGCGGAGACAACAGGAACGUGUAUCGACAUCAAUAUCUAUGCUUGGUUUCGCUCUGGCACCGAAAUCGGUAUUGAUGUCGCUAUUUUAUCGGUACCUAUUCCACAAUUGCUCGAGUUGCAGAUGAGUUGGAAGAAAAAGAUCCAGGUCCUUAGCGUCUUCAGCGUUGGUUUCCUUAUCACACUUGUUAGUAUCUUGCGGCUACAAGCACUUAUCCAAUUCUCCAAAACCACCAAUCCUACCUACGACAAUGCGCCAGCUAUAUAUUGGAGCAUCCUCGAGACCGAUAUGUUCAUCAUCUGUGCUAACAUGCCUGCGAUGCGUAGUUUCCUCAGUGCCGUCCGGCCGAGCUGGUUCAGUAGUACGGAAAAUAGUAACCCUCCUAGAUCAACAGGAUACCUGAGCCACGAUAAACUCGGAUCUCAUGGGCAAUAUCGGCGCCAGCCAUCCGACGGACAUCAAUCGGAUGUCGAGUUGGUGGGAUCGCUGUCAGAGGGCAACACCAGCAAGGUUUAUGUGUAGGUGAGGGUGAAAUGAUCCAAAGAGACUGUUGGGGCGGCUUUCAGGUGUAUCGGAGCGCUGUUCUACUUCAUUAAGUUCAAAAAGUGUGCAUCUCACGACAUAUUAUUGAAAAUAGAAUGUACGGUGAUCUGGAUCAC